CGAUUGUUUGUUUUGAUCCUCCGCCUGGCCGCUUCCCGCACGGUCUCUAUCUAAAUUUUCCCUUUCUUUUAGGCCUACCCGUGCCUGGGCCUAUCUAACAGGGACACCGCAAGCCAGCCAGGUCCAGGGCGUGUCGUGGCGCGGGUGGCUGUGGUGAAUUAAGGCGAGGAAGCUGAAAGAUCACAGAAAUACACUGUACAGUCUCCUGCUGCUGUACAGGGUGUGUCAAGAAGUGUGUGGCAGUGACUGAGGCAGACCCACAGCAAGAUGGCCCCCCCUCGGCCCUCCCGGUACAGCUGGUGGCCGCUGAAAGUUGUAGAUGGGCUGAGUGUGGUCCUAACUGCUCCUCUGAUCCACACUUUGUCCCUCGCUGGCUCCUGUUACUGCCUUACCACCUUCGACAGCACCUCCUUCAUUAUGCUCUUCCUCAGGUUUGCAGUGGUGGGCCCUGUUCUGGUGCUCCUGGCCCUGGUGUCCCUGGUCCCGGGGGUGGUGGGGUGGGUGGUAUGGAUGGCCCUGAAUACCCAUGCUGCUCACCUCAUUCAACCCUUUUAUUACCACUCUCCCCCACGCCACGCCCGCCCUGCCCGCCCCACGCCCGCCACACACCCGCGCCGAGUCACCGUCUGCUCCGCCAAUGUCCUCCUGUGUCCUGAAGUGGUGUCGCGGUUCAAUAAUUGUCCCAAUGUUUUGUGGCGAACCAAGGAAAUCGGAUCACGGCUGUUGCGUCAAGAUUGUGGCCUCAACUUACACCUGAACCUGAAGCCGCCCGUGUGCAGGGAGGAGGUGGUGGUGACCCAGCUUCCGGAGGUGGAUGUGUUUAUACUGCAGGAGGUGGUGGAGCGGUGGCAGGGCCGGGAGAUGGUGGGGCUGCUGGGGACCAAGUACCCUCACUGCCUCUAUGACGUCGGGGUGCACAGUUCUAAUAGUAAUAAGUUUUGUUGUGGAAGUGGGUUGUUCCUGGCAUCUAAGUACCCCAUAAUGGACGCAGUGUUUCACCCAUACACCCAUCACUCCCAUUAUGGCUGCCUGGUGGGUCUAGGGGUGCUGCUGGCGAAGCUGGAUCUGGGAACAGUGGUAAGGAGCGGCAGGGAGUUGGCAGCUGUGGGUUACGUUGCGAACACACACACACAGGCUUACCAAGGGGAGAAGAACAUUAUCAGUGAACAGCUAUCGGAAGCAUCUAGCAGGUUCAAGCGUUACAUCAAAGACACACUGGACACACGCACAGAAAUCCUCAUGUUUGGCGUGCUGGGAGGGGACUUCAAUGCCGACAACAUCUCAAAGGGAGACGUGGCUGUGCAGAACCAUCCCUUGUGGACCGAAUUUGUGGACCCCUGCCAGCGUGGGCCAGGAGUGGAUCAGGCUUGGGCUAUAGGAACAGAACACAGACAGAAGCAGCUCCACCACCCUGCCAUACGCCAUCCAUCUGCCUUCCGAUCUGUUUUGCUGGAUGACGUCAUGAGGAGGCAUUUCAUUCUGGAUGCUGAUGUACAGAUGCAAACGCUGGAGUUGAUGCGAGUACGGCCGCGGGUGGACAGCGCGGGGCGUGUGGUGGCAACGCCUGAAGGGGGACGGCGGCGCAUCGACCGUCUGGCAGCGCUGCGGGGAUGCAAGAUGGCCGCCGUUAGUUAUUGGUUUAGCACAGUUAUUGCCGGGCUGACUGACCACGUGCCGGUUAUAAUGAUGCUGCAGGAGGAGGAGGAGGAGGAGGAGGGGUAGAAGAAGAGGAAGAGUUUAGAAGAAGAAGAAAGGUUAGAAGCAGAGAUAGAGGAGGAGAAGAAGAGGAGGAAGAAUGAAAGGGAAGAGGGAUGGAAGGAAGAGCAGAAAGGGUUAAAACAGAAGAGGAGGGGGAGGAGGAAAGGUUUUAAGUAGUACAAGAAUAGGGAAAGGAGGAGGAGGAAGAAGAAGAAGAAAUUUUAAAGAGGAGGAGGAGGAAGACUGUGAGAUUAAAGAACAAUUACUUAAUGGAAGAGGAGGAGGAGGAGAAAGGGUUGAAAUAGAGAAGAGGAAGAGGAAAGGGAGAAGGAGGAGGAAGAGCAAGAAAAGAUUGUGUGAAAGGAGGAGGAAGAAAUCUCUCUCUCUCUCUCUCUCUCUCUCUCUCUCUCUCUCUCUCUCUCUCUCUCUCUCUCUCUCUUAAUCAUUAAUUAUUUUCUUAUUUUUGCCAAAGGAAUAUUAGUUUAUGACCUAUUUUUUUUUUUUUUUAUCUAUCGACAAAAUUAGUCUUUAUAUGAAAUUUAUAACAAACAUCUAUAUCGAGAGCCGGUUAAAAAAAAUAAAAAAUACAAAAAAAUACAAAUAUUUCUUUUAUAUUGUUAAAUCUAUUGAAUAUUUUAUUUUAAAUAGAUUUGUUCGUUAUUUAUUUAUUUAUUUUUUUAUAUAUAUGUGAUCUUUGUAAUGUCCGUCUGUAUGUAAAUAUGUAUGUAUGUAUCUUUUUGUUUUAUUUUAUUUAUUUUAUUAUUUUUUUGAGGAAAUUUUAUCAAGGAUACAUUUAUUAUUAUUAUUAUUAGUAGUAGUAGUAGUAGUAGUAGGAGUAGUAGUAGUAGUAGUAACAUUGUAGAUUAUCAUUAUUAUCAUUAUUAUUAUUAUUAUUAUUAUUAUUAUUAUUAUUAUUAUUAUUAUUAUUAUUGUUGUUAUUGUUAUUAUUAUUAUUUCAUUGUUAUUAUUAUUAUUAUUAUUAUUAUUGGUAAUAAAAUAAAUCAUGUUAGUC